AAAGAUUCCAACCACGUAAACAACUUCAAAACGGCACCGUUUCUAGACGCUUUUUUUUGCUGUGUGCUCUCGCCGCUCGACGUGGUCAUUUCGCGUUAUCCGGAAGGUCUGUGAGAGUAAUUGUCGGUUGCCUCCUUUCAUCAACUAACUACCUCUGAUGGGAUGGGGAAACAUCUACAGACGGCGUGUGAAAGUAUUCACAGUAGCUUUUAUAAUCUACCUGGAUUAUAAGGCUUUACAGCAAAGAGAGAAAUGGAGUAGCAAAUCUAAAAAAGCCGCUCUAUGGGAAAGGGCUCAUGAACGCAAUGCUAAACGUGUGCUUAAUUUGAUAGUAGAGUUGGAAGGUUUGUGGGUAAAACUCGGACAGUACUUAUCUACACGUGCAGAUGUGCUUCCUGAGGCCUAUAUAUCCCUUCUCAAGCAGUUACAAGAUUCUCUUCCUCCUCGGCCUUUGAAAGAGAUAUGUCGGACUAUAGAGAAGGAGUUAGGGAAAUCCAUGGAUGAUCUAUUCUCGAGUUUUGUUGAUGCUCCUCUGGCGACAGCGUCGAUAGCUCAAGUUCAUCGUGCAACUCUGAGAAGUGGGGAAGAUGUGGUUGUUAAAGUUCAACAUGAGGGCAUCAAGACAGUCAUAUUGGAGGACUUAAAGAAUGCAAAGUCAAUAGCUGACUGGAUAGCAUGGGCAGAACCACAAUAUGACUUCAACCCUAUGAUUGAUGAAUGGUGCAGAGAAGCACCUAAAGAACUUGAUUUUGAUCAUGAAGCUGAAAACACUAGAAAAGUCUCCAGAAAUCUAGGCUGCAAAAACAAGAAUGAUGUCAUGCCUGGCAAUCAAGUGGAUGUGUUGAUUCCAGAAGUUAUUCAGUCAACUGAAAAAGUCCUCAUUUUAGAGUAUAUGGAUGGGGUUCGUUUGAAUGACUGUGAAUCACUGAAAGCUUUUGGUAUUGACAAACAAAAGCUUGUCGAAGAAAUAACUCGUGCAUAUGCCCACCAGAUUUAUGUUGAUGGAUUUUUUAAUGGUGACCCCCACCCUGGAAAUUUUCUUGUCAGCAAGGAACCUCCACAUCGUCCAGUUUUGCUUGACUUUGGGCUUACAAAGUCACUAUCAAGCUCUAUGAAACAAGCACUAGCGAAAUUGUUUCUGGCAUCUGCAGAGGGGGAUCAUGUGGCUCUUUUGUCUGCCUUAUCAGAAAUGGGACUUAGGUUGCGCCUUGACCUGCCAGAUCAGGCGAUGGAAGUAGCAACUGUAUUUUUCCGUUCUUCAACACCAGCUAGUGAAGCUCUUGAAAACAUGAGAUCUUUGUCUAAGCAACGAACGAAGAACAUGAAAGUCAUACAGGAAAAGAUGAAACUCAAUAAAAAAGAAGUUAAACGCUUUAAUCCCGUGGAUGCAUUUCCAGGGGAUAUUGUGAUAUUCGCACGGGUUCUUAAUCUUCUUAGAGGGCUUUCAACCAUAAUGGAUGUUCGCAUCAGUUAUUUAGAUAUCAUGAGACCAUUUGCUGAAUCUGUUCUACAAGGAUACAUUAGCAAGGGACCAGCAGUGAAUUCACAAUGGAUAUAUGAUACACCUGUCCAUUCGGAUGUAGAGACAAAGCUAAGGCGCCUCCUAGUUGAGCUGGGGAAUGAUGAUAAAAUACUGGGAAUUCAGGUAUGUGCCUACAAAGAUGGGGAGGUUAUUAUUGAUACUGCUGCUGGAGUGCUUGGAAGAUAUGAUCCUCGUCCAGUUCAACCUGAUAGCCUAUUUCCUGUUUUCUCUGUAACAAAGGGUAUUACAGCAGGAAUGAUACAUUGGCUGGUUGACAAAGGGAAACUGAAGCUUGGGGAGAGUAUUGCAAAUAUUUGGCCAGAAUUUGGAUCAAAUAAAAAGGAGCUAAUAAAGGUCCAUCAUGUGCUUACACAUACAUCUGGUUUGCAAAACGCCUUGGGUGAUAUUUCAAGAGAAAAUCCUUUGUUGAUGUGCGAGUGGGAUGAAUGUUUAAAUCGCAUUGCUAUGUCAGUCCCUGAGACUGAACCUGGUCAUGAGCAGUUAUAUCAUUAUUUAUCUUUUGGCUGGCUGUGUGGUGGAAUUAUUGAGCAUGCUUCUGGGAAGAAAUUCCAGGAGAUACUAGAAGAAGCAUUUAUUCACCCCCUCCAGAUUGAAGGCGAGCUAUAUGUUGGAAUUCCUCCAGGUGUGGAAUCUCGACUUGCAACUCUCACAGUGGAUACUGAUGAUGUGCGCAAGUUGUCAGUGUACAGCAAUCGUCCUGACCUACCCGUAAGUUUCACGAGCAACAUCUCUGAGCUUGUGACCGUUCUUCCUGCUCUAUUCAACACACUCAAUAUCCGUCGUUCCAUCAUACCUUCUGCUAAUGGACAUUGCUCAGCCCGUGCACUGGCUCGCUACUAUGCAACCCUAGCUGAUGGUGGCAUUCUGCCACCACCACAUUCCACUUCGUCCAAGCCGCCACUUGGCAGCCACCCCCACAUUCCAUCAUUCCCUUCCCAGAAAACCUCCAAGAAGCAGAAAGGUGGCAAAAGUAAGGACGUAGCUGCUGCUUCAAACAAAACCAACAUUCACGAACAAAACACAGAUGAUGGUAGUAGAAGUUCCAAGGAUAGUUGUUACAAUAGAAAGGCUAGGUGUGAUAAUCACGGUAGGUUUCCCCAUGAUAGUGGUAGUAGUAGUGAGAAUACCGUUAGCAACAAUGGGCAUAGAGUUGGCAGCACUGAAAAUGGUGAUGACUCUCCAAAGAGUGACACUAAGAUUUUUAGCAACCCCAGAAUCCAUGAUGCAUUCUUGGGUGUAGGGGAAUACGAGAAUUAUGGUUUCCCAAGUGGGAAAUUUGGUCUAGGGUUCAAGAGUUGUAGCUCGAAGGAUGGGACUUUGUUAGGCUUUGGACACUCAGGCAUGGGUGGAUCUACAGGCUACUGUGACAUAAAUAACAAGUUUGCUAUUGCUGUGACCCUGAACAAGAUGUCGCUCGGGGGUGUGACUGGAAAAAUAAUUCAAUUCAUUUGUUCAGAGCUGAAUUUGCCUGUCCCAGAGGAUUACUCGAGAUUCAGCGGGAGCGAAAAACCUGAAGAGCAGCCAAACGUAUGGAGGCCUCUUAUUAAUUGAGGGAAAGGCCUUUUUUCCCUGAACUUCUUGCAUUACUGUAACCUGAUCUAUAUGAAGACCUCCAAACUGGGAAUUGUUUAUGGUACACAUUCUUAUCUCCAAGAGAAAAUGAACACAUAUUUAAGAUGAUAUACUCACACUAGCAUAUAGGUAAAGUCCUGGACUGAAAAAAAAAAUGUUAAAAGAGUAUAUAUAAGAUCAUCUGCUUUGAUCUUUUUAUCUUUAUUGUUUGUUUUGUUGAACCCUUUCUGGAGGUUCUGCUAUGAGCAGAGCAUGUAGUUAUAUUCUUAUAUGCUUGUUGAAAUUAUGGCAGGGACGUGAAAGUUUUGGCA